CGUUUAUAUGAAAUAUGAAAAGCUAUGCCGGGCUGUAGGUGUCAAAACGCGUACACACAGUUUUUUCACAUUCUUGUUUAGCAGAAUAGAAAAAGUUUCAAGCGCGCCGUGUCGAUUGUAUUUUGUGAAAUAUUGAAGAGCAGCUCAUUUAUUUGGAAUCAACUAAUCCAACAACAUUUAAUUGUUAAACGAAAAAUGGCUACCACUGAGAAUACUUCUAACAAAGCUGCAGACAAUGGAAAAAAAUUGAACGUCGGUAAUUUACCAUUCGAUGUGACAGAAAAAGAGCUGAAAGAGCACUUCAAAGAGUUCUCCGUGGAAAAUGUCGAAAUUUUCCACUACCUCAAAUAUACCAUAGCUUUGCUACUGUUCAAGGAUAAAGACACCGCAACUAAGGCGCUUAAAGCGAAAGAUGGUUCUUUAUUCAGAGGCCAUCGUUUGCGUAUGCACAUUGAAUACAUUGCUAUUUGGAAUAUAAAGAAAAAUGUUUUUGUCUAUGUUGUGGAUGAUGACACGACUGAGGAACAAGUUUACGAUAAAUUCAAGGAUGUUACCGAAAUAACAGGUGUGUUAAUAUUCCAUCCGUUAGCCUACAUUUCCUGUAAAUCUCAGGAACAAAAAGAGGCUGCUAUCAAAGAACUCAAUGCGGAAGAGGUUACCGUUUACGAAGUUACUGGACAUGAUCAAAAUCAUCACAUUGAAAUCUGGAGGGCCGCCAAAUUGUUCUUUCGUAAUUUGACACGUGUAUCAUUGAUUAAUCUACCUGAAAGUUGGGUCUCCAAUCAAGAUGAGCUAAAAAGAGCAGUAGAGGGCAGUGGAACUUUGUUGGAAGUUAAAGUGAUUAACAACAGUCACGGUUCUGUAGCUCAACUGUUUUAUGAAGACGAAGAAACGGCUAGAAACGCAGCACUUUCCCUUAAUCAGCAAAUAUUCGAAGGGAAGCGUAUUCAUGCGCUGCAUGUUACUGCUGCCCUUAUUCCAAAUUAUAAAACAAGUGUGUACCUCACUUCUUUAGAUAAAUCUGUUUCCGAGGAAACUAUUUACGAUCAUUUUGAACAACUUGGUGAAAUAGAAUUUGUUAGCCGCCGUAAGUGUGCCGAUGAGCAUGCAAUAAUAUGCUUUAAGAAUUGCAGUUCUGUAGAAUCAGCACUGGAAUGUAAAGCUCUUCCAGUCCCUAAAACAGAAAGUGAUGAAACUGAGGACCGCAGUAUCGUUGUAAAACGAUAUAAUGGCCCUUUGAUCAUCGACUUAAAACCGUCACAUGUUAAGAAACUGCUCGAAGAUGGCGAAGAAUCCAAGAUGCGACCACCACCACUCCCGUUGGCUAAAUUAUGGCCUAUUUAUGUAUCUAAUCUUCCAUACACUGCUGAUAAACGUGACAUGAGGGACUAUUUUUCAAGCGUCGGUGGACACAUUAAGUUCAUGUUUUCACCAAAUAUUCCAGCUUAUAAAACCAGCCAAACGUCAAUGGUAAUGGCGGCUUUAAUUUAUUACGCUCGUCGAGAGCAGGCAACUGAUGCAAUUAAAGCAUUUAACGGGAAGCACUUCCAAAACCGUUGUCUUCAUGUGUUUCCAGGACGUAAGGAUACGUAUUUCAAUCCAGAAACUUCAGUUCGAUUAGUUCGUUUAACUAUUGGAGUCAGCGAAGAAAAACUGUUCGAAAAAUUUCGCAAAUUUGGUUUUAUAGAAUGUGUUGUAAAACGAAACAGGAAUACUGCGUUGAUUGAAUUCCGUGACAAAGAAGUUUGCGAUAAAGUACUUCAGCUGCCUGAUAAUGAAAAACCUGUUCGCUGUGGCAUUGAACCAUUAACAACAAAAGUUAACCGUAAAAUUUUUAAAGAAAACGAUGAAAAAAUAUCGUUGGCAAUGCAAGAAAUUAUAGAUAAAAAUCCGGCAGUAUUGGAGAAUGUUCAGUCUAACCGAUUCAGCGGUCCUCCACCGUUGAAGCGCGGUCGCUUCAAUGGUCCUGAUCAAAAUUUCGGCAAUCGUAAUGAUUUUGGUUUAAAUAAUGGUAACAACGAUUUCAGUAAUCCACAAGUCAUCCAAGAUCUUUUGCGUCUAGCGUUUAUUUCUGGUAAAAAUCUGGGUGAAGGCCUGGCCAGCGGUAAUAACAAUCCUUUCAAUAAUUCUGAUUCAACUUUAUCGAACCUCAACCUCGCCAACGGAUUUAGUGGUCGAAGCUUCGGUGUAGCUUCUGGUAAUGGUAAUUUCGGAAACAGCUCUGGUAACCGCAAUUUCGGUCAAAAUUCUGGCGGACGGAACAAUUUCGGUGGGCAGAAUCAAAGCAACAGAAAUAUUAACAGCGGUGGUAACUUUGGGGGACAAAAACGAUUUGAUGGAUCUCAAAAUAAUCAACAGUCCCGAAACAACCAAAAUCAAAACCGUGGUGGUAGUGGAGGAAAUCCCAACCGGCGCUUCUAAAAAUAUUUACGAAACGUUUAAUUGCUGCAAAAAUGACUAAACUGGGUCAAAUCAAUUUAUAUUUUGACAAAUGAAGCCCGUAAUUGAAUGGAAAAUAGAUCGGGUUGUUCCAACGAACAGAGUACAUUACAACAAACCUUGUGACCGAAAAUAGAUGCAGCGUGGAAAGAUGAGUAAAAUCACUACGUUUUGAAUACAAUGUACGAUUUGAUGAUGAUAAAACAAUAUUGAAGAUAAAAUAUUUUAUUUUUACGAUUCAAUGAAUUUUAGAAUUUUUGAUUUGAUGUGUAUGAAAACAAAAAAAUGCAUUGCAUUUUGAUACAUUGCUAGUUUUAUGAUUGUAACUAAAUCUAAGCGUCAAUUCUAUUUAAUCGCACCCGAAUACAAUUCAACAGAAACAACAUGAAAUUAAUAUAUUUAAACUUGAAAUUGCUGACACUUAUAUUGAAAAUUGCGCUUAAUAAUAAUGUAUUAGUACUUUAAUCAUUCUACCGGGAAACUCACAAAUGUAAGAAUAUUGAAAAAUAUUAUCGGUGGAUAUUGACGAAUAUUUUAAAACUAAACUGUUCACAAUUGUGUGCUUUUGUAUUUUUCUAAGAUUCCCAACAGUUUGAAUGGAAAAAUUAUAUAUAAAACAAUAUCGAAUCUUAUUAUAUUAUGACAGUUUGUAUUUUGCAUCUUGAAAAAUUACGAAAAUAGCACGAAAUAGUGCACAUUUCCGCAUCAACAAAUCGUAGCUGUCAACUGGAGUAAAAAGCAAACAAUGUUAUCCAUCCCUAUAAUGAGGAAGGUUUUCGGAAAAACAGCAAAAUGAUUAUAUUGAUCAUUUUCAUGAGAGGUGGCAGCAACGUGGUGCAACAUCGUAGCAAUAGUUACAUUUUCAUUUCUGUCCAUUUAAAUAGAUUCUACCCUUGUUUGAAUAGUAUAACAAUGAAAAUUGAAAUUUUCGUUCUUGCUUUAUUUUUACUACACAUCUAUUUAAAAAGUUUCCAUAGAAUGUGAAUACUGACCAGUGAGGUUUGAUCGUUCUAUUGGGUUCUUCUAAUUGGUUAACUUAAGAGUAAUUCCACGCGUGCAGAGACGCCAGCGCAAACUGAUGUACUUUUGGCAGCACAUUUUUACGUCUUUAGCCGAUUCUAUUGAAAUAAACCGACUGCAGCUGCAAGUCUAAGAAUAUUUUGGAAGCAGAGCGUAACGAAAAGUGCAAGUUCAAUGGACAUAAAAAUGCGUCUUCAAGACACGGUGAAUAAACGUUCAAUACCGAAGGGUAUAGCAACGCUUUAAUAUUAAAUGGAAGCAUAGUUUUAGUGUGGUAACAUUAAAUCAGUAGAAAAUAAAAUAAAAAGCUAAACAGACGCAAACAAAUAUGUUGCUAAUUUCAGUAAAAACCUUUUGUCCUAAAUUUGAAAUGUUAAUAGAAUCCAAUCCAGAGUCAAGUCAUAA